UUAAUCUUAAACAACAAACUACAAAAUACAUGUUAAAACAAUGAGCGAUUCAGAUUCUAGUACUGAAAAUAUUGGCAUUUUGAAAAAGGCUUUAGACGUUACUUUGCCUGAAGAUUUUAAUCCUAACUCGGUUCCUACUAAUGGAGAGGAAUAUUUACAUCAUGUUAUCUAUGAGAGGACCAGACAUAAAAAGUGUGUGAAAGCGGAUAAAGAUUUUAGCGCAUUUAAGAAGAAUCAAACAAUCCAUGUUACUGAUGAAAACCACAUUCAGAAAUCAUUAGAUAAGUUUUAUCCUACUGCUGAAUGGGAAGAAAGAGUAUUAAAGGAUUUUAUCCAAGUGAGACAAUUUAUUGAAAAACAUUUACCCAGUCAACCCAUAAAAUGCAACUUCAGCAAUGAAUUACUUGACAAAACUCCCCCAUUAUUUUCUGAAAUAAGUACUUACUCCCAAAGUGGUAAAUUAAUUAUGCUCCAGCAAUUAAGUAGAAGCUUAGAUCAUUUUGAUCCAGACGUUGGAAUAAGUGAUAAUAUAGGAGCAAGGGUAUAUGCAAUUUUGGCUUUAUUAGGUGUGCCUUUGAGUCCUGACUCUUGUUACAACUUAAGGGAGUUUGCCAAGAAAUGUGCAAAUGUUAGAGCAAAAUUGAAUAGUGAAACAAAAGAACAAAUUUAUGCUCCAUUAAAUCUAUUUAUUUGUAUAAUUACUAAACAUUUUGCUCAGUGUGAUUUAGCUUAAUGUUCUUACUAUUGAAAUAUAGACAUUGUUAAUAUAUUAGGUUAUAGUUGCAAAGAAAAUAUUUUUAAAAAAAUCCUGUCACUGAUAUUGAAUCGCAUUAUAUUUAGAACUAUAAAAAUAU